AUGAGGCGUUCCGCUUCUGUUGCCAUUUGUUUCCCAGCCUCUCGCGCAUCUCAAUCGAUGUCAGAUGCCCAUUUGGAUUUAUUUCAAGACAUACGAGCCCAUUCGAUUAUUCUUGAAUCAAACCGGAUUUCCUCUUUAGAGAAGGUAUUGAGAACAUUUUCAAAAUGUAAAGUGAUCAAUAUCAACGAUAACGAAUUGUCGCUUACUUGUAACAUUAACAACCUUCCUUCAGAUCAUGAGGUUGAAAAGAUUUUUGUUAAAAAUUGCGUUUUACUUGAAGAUGACAAUGCCCAAGACAAAGUGGAAUAUUUUUGGCAUGUCAUCGGCUCGUUUUGUAAACUUUCCAGGCUUUUUUCUGUAUAUAUCAAUUACCCAAGUGCAGAAGCCGGGUUUCCAUUUGAACAUCGAAUAGUUGCAACUUUACCGCAAUUGAAAUAUUUGAACGGCAGCUUUAUUGAUGAUGAGCAUCGAAGAACAUGCGAAGAAAGAUAUGUACACUACUUUGCGCAUGAAGAUGCCAAAAGAAAUCAUCCCAGACUUGAUGUUUUAAAAAACAGUGUGUGUUUAAUUCCUUUAAGCAGGUUUGUAUCUGGAUUUCCAUUUUUGGAAGCUUUUGAUGAGCGAAUCCAAAAUACUCUCCUCAUUGAGCGAUGUGAUCAUCAGUCUUCUUAUGACAUUAUAUAUUUGCCAAGCAUCGGUUCAAUUAUGCUCCAAAUUUCGACACCAGGUGCAUUGCUUUUGGUGUUAUUCAUUAUUGCAUCGCCAUGCGCAUUUAUUGUGCCCGUUAGUUCGCUGGCGACAUCUAUAUUUCCAACUUCAUUUAGAACAGAAUCUACAGCUAUCAUACCAGUGUCUACAAGAUCUUCAAUCCCAGAAACUUCUGUCACCAUUAUUACCUCUGUUCCGAUUACUUCUGUUCCGAUUACUUCUGCUCCGAUUACUUCUGCUCCGAUUACUUCUGUUCCGAUUACCUCUGUUCCGAUUACCUCUGUUCCGAUUACCUCUGUUCCGAUCACCUCUAUUCCAAUUACCUCUGUUCCAAUUAGUACCUCUGCUGAGAUUAUUACUUCUUUUCCCAUUACUAACACCGUCCCAGCCAGUACCUCUGCUUUGACCUCUUUUAUCAUCGUUAGCACAUCUUUUGCUUCCACUGAUACCUCUUUUCCCUCAUCUGCAAUCAGUACAAUAGUUCCAGUGCCAUUUUCCAGUAUGGUACCAACUAGCGGCGUGGUUUCCUCCAAUAUUCAAUCAAUUCCCACAUCUUCAAGCCCAGCCACCCAAGCAACUACAGACUCAAUACCGACAUCAUUUGAGCAGACCCCCACCACAUUUAUAACAGCUACAUCUACAUCUGCACAAACGCAUAGAUCUAUCACAUCAGCAUCGACUUUCCAAAAUUCAACGUCGCUUUCCAUCAAUAGAUCGCUUUCUCGCACCACCACUGCCUCAGAUGAAUCCUGGUCGUUUCCAAUUGCUCCGUCUAUAGUGGUGGUGGCUUUAAUUUCCCUUUCUCAUCUUAUUUUGUGCAUUUGA